AUGGAAGGCAUCUGGAGACGUAUUAUACCCGCAAGACAGAGGCAGGAAUUCUUCAGAUGUGGAAACGUUUUCGGAACCAACGGGAAGUGCAGGGAUCGAGUGAAGUUCAUCAAAGACAAAGCAAAGGAAGUGGCUGCAGCUCAUGUCAAAGGCGCCGGAGAUGGGAUGCGGAGACAGAGAGUGGAGCGCCAUAUAGCUUGGAAACCACCGAUGCAAGACUGGUGGAAAAUUAACACUGAUGGAGCGUCACGAGGCAACCCGGGAUUAGCGACUGCAGGGGGUGUGCUGCGUGAUAAAAGUGGGAGUUGGAUAUGUGGUUUCGCGCUGAACAUAGGCAUUUGUUCCGCGCCAUUAGCAGAGUUAUGGGGAGUAUACUAUGGGUUGCUUAUGGCUUGGGAGAAUAGAGUCCCGAGACUGAUAGUAGAGGUUGAUUCGGAGAUUGUGGUGAAGAUCCUGCACUCAGGGAUUAGUGAUGUUCACCCUCUCUCCUUCCUAGCACGGUUGUGCUAUGGCUUCUUCACUAGAGACUGGCUAGUUCGGAUCAUGCACACUUACAGAGAGGCGAAUCGAGUUGCCGACGGGCUCGCGAAUCAUGCCUUCUCUCUAUCUUCAGGUUUUCAUUUAUUCACUUCACCACCCGCUCAUAUCUCAGUGUUGUUGUUAGAGGACGUUAAUGGUUCUUUACGAACUCGGAUUGUAAACGAUUAG